UGUCGUGUCACCCUGAUCUUCGAGGAAGUGUUUGUUUGACAUCGGACAUCUUUUACAGACGUUAGUGCAACGUUUGACACUUCCGGUGUGGCAGAAUACCGCUGCGCGCAUUACAGGCGGUGGAGAGUGGAUGCUGAUGGGGGACGAAAAGGACACCUGGAAAGUAAAAACUCUUGACGAAAUCCUACUAGAGAAGAAACGCAGAAAAGAAUUAGAAGAGAGGACAGACCCCAAGCGCCAGAAAAAUUUCACCCAGGGCCCUGUUCCACAGGCGGAUGAUCGGGAAGCCAAACGAGACACUCCGGAGGAAGGAGAACUACGGGAUCAGAGAAUGGAAAUAACAAUUCGUAAUUCCCCGUACACACGGGAAGAUUCAACAGAAGAUAGGGGAGAGGAAGAUGAGUCACUCGCAAUCAAGCCCCCGCAGCAAAUUGCCAGAAAAGACAAAUCUCACCACAGAAAGGAGGAGAAGAGAAAAGAUAAAAGACGUCAUCGCAGUCACUCAGCUGAAGGAGUAGUAGGGAAACAUCCUCGACCCAAAGACAAGGAGAAAGAGCGAGAGAGCGACCGUAGGAAACGUCAGUGGGAAGAAGACAAAGCCCGGCGAGACUGGGAGAGACAAAAACGAAGAGAGCAAGCUCGAGCUCAUUCACGCAGAGAGAGACCUGGUUUGGACUCUCCUGGGUUUUUUUUGGACCACAGGGACCGCCUGGAACAGCUUGAGCGUCAGCGCGAACGCGACCGCAAGCUGCGCGAGCAGCAGAAAGAGCAACGGGAACUAAAAGAUCGUGAGAGGAGGGCAGAGGAGCGACGCAAAGAGAGAGGUGGACGACGAGAAGUGCCGUCUCACCAUCGAAUGCUUCCUGAUGAGUACGACGACAAACCAAAACAAACUAAUCGCAGUCGCAGCCCCCUCCGUGUUCCCCGAGACAGAUCCGAAAACAGUGAACCAAGGAGGAGUGCGACAUCAAAGGAAGAGAAGCCAGAGGGCAAAGACCUGCUCACAGACCUCCAGGACAUCAGUGACAGCGAAAGAAAAACCAGCUCUGGAGAAUCCUCCAUCGCUUCUGGAUCAGGCUCUGAUAAAGAGGAGGAGGAUGACGAUGAAGAAGACGAGUCCAGCAGCCAAAGUGAGGGUGAAGAGGAGGACGGGGAGGAGGAGUCUGUUUCAGGCUCUGGGAGGUCUGGUAGGUCUGGAAGGUCUGGAAGGUCUGGAAGGUCUGGAAGGUCCGAGCAGAGUGCAGAGGAUGUGAGUGAAGACGAGCAGUCAGAUGAAGACUUUGAAGAAGAGAGGGAAAAUGGAAAUCACAUCCCUGCAGUAACAGAAUCCCGCUUUGAUCACGACUCCGAGGAAAGCGGUGAAGACAUGGGGGAAGAGGAAGAGGAGGAGGAAGAGGAGGAGGAGGAUGAAGCAGGGGACAAUGACCCCACACCUCAGUCUCAAACUCAUUCUCGCUCCCCAACCCCUGAAGAAAGCUACAUCCCGGACUCGCCCCCUAUUUCCCCCGUAGAGCUGAAGAAGGAGCUGCCCAAGUACCUGCCAGCUCUACAGGGUUGUCGCAGUGUUGAGGAGUUCCAGUGCUUGAACCGGAUCGAGGAGGGAACCUACGGUGUCGUGUACAGAGCCAAGGACAAAAAGACGGAUGAGAUUGUGGCCCUGAAGAGGUUAAAGAUGGAGAAAGAAAAGGAAGGCUUCCCCAUCACCUCUUUAAGAGAAAUCAACACGAUCCUGAAAGCUCAGCAUCCAAACAUCGUCACAGUCAGGGAAAUAGUGGUUGGUAGUAACAUGGAUAAGAUCUACAUCGUGAUGAACUACGUCGAACACGACCUGAAGAGUCUGAUGGAAACCAUGAAGCAGCCGUUCCUGCCAGGAGAGGUCAAGACUCUGAUGAUUCAGCUGCUUCGAGGCGUCAGACAUCUUCAUGAUAACUGGAUCCUGCAUCGUGAUCUGAAGACGUCCAAUCUGCUGCUGAGCCACAAGGGGAUCCUCAAGAUUGGUGACUUUGGUUUGGCCCGGGAGUACGGUUCCCCUCUGAAGCCCUACACCCCUGUAGUGGUGACCCUGUGGUACCGAUCACCGGAGCUGCUGCUCGGAGCCAAGGAGUACUCCACAGCUGUGGACAUGUGGUCAGUGGGCUGCAUAUUUGGCGAGCUCCUCACCCAGAAACCUCUGUUCCCUGGAAAAUCUGAAAUUGACCAAAUUAACAAGGUUUUCAAGGAUCUUGGGUCACCCAGUGAGAAGAUCUGGCCGGGCUACAAUGAACUCCCCGCUGUGAAGAAGAUGACUUUCACAGAGUAUCCCUACAACAACCUGCGAAAGCGCUUUGGAGCGCUGCUCUCUGACCAAGGCUUCGACCUCAUGAACAAGUUCCUCACCUAUUGCCCCAGCAAGAGGAUCUCAUCAGACGACGCCCUGAAGCACGAGUACUUCCGCGAGACGCCGCUGCCCAUCGACCCGUCCAUGUUCCCGACCUGGCCGGCCAAGAGCGAGCAGCAGAGGGUGAAGAGAGGCACCAGUCCUCGUCCACCCGAGGGAGGCCUGGGCUACAGUCAGCUGGGCGAUGAUGACCUGAAGGACACAGGCUUCCACCUGACAACCAGCAACCAGGGAGCGUCUGCAGUCGGUCCAGGAUUCAGCCUUAAGUUCUGAGUCCAAAUCCUGCAGGAAACCUGGCUGUCUCACUGAGGAGGGAGAGGGAGCAAAGAGUUCUGGGACUACUAUUGGAGCUGGACUAGAUCACUGGUUUACAGCGUUAAACCAGAUCAUUAUGGGAUACACUAUCACUGAACAGUCAGGACUGUCUCGCAGCAAGACUGGACGCAACAAACAUGUUGAGACUUAACCAACUUUACGGCUUCUUCUUCUCCUUCUUUCAGGCUCCUUGUUGAAAUGUGGUUUUUCAGCUCUUGAAGAGGAGACGCUCAGAACCAUAAAUCUGUUGGAAGUGUAGCUCUGUUUUGUUUUAUUUUCACGUGUAUGCUUCAUGAGAGGACCAGAUUUUUCUAAAUGGUUGGUAUUUCCUGGCUGCCGGAGCUACUGUAUAAUGAUGCAGCAUUGGCUGUGUGCUCCAUCCAGCAUUAUGUCAGAAAGUUACUUUGGGCUGUCAGGUCACUUCAUGAAAGGAGGAAACUGUUUUUGCUAGAAAUAAAGUUUGAAACUUUG